CAACAAGGGUCCUCCUCCUACUACUGCCCUAGGAAGCAAGCGCCGGAAAUCGUGCUCUUGUUCCUGUUUGGUCUCGUGCAGAAAACAUGGACGACGAGGAGGAAACUUACCGGCUAUGGAAGAUCCGGAAAACUAUUAUGCAGCUGUGUCACGAUCGUGGUUACUUGGUAACGCAGGAUGAGUUGGAUCAGACACUGGAUGAGUUUAAAGCCCAGUUUGGUGACAAACCUAGUGAAGGGCGCCCUCGACGAACUGAUCUGACAGUAUUAGUGGCUCAUAAUGAUGACCCCACAGACCAAAUGUUUGUUUUCUUCCCAGAGGAGCCCAAAGUUGGAAUAAAGACAAUUAAGAUGUAUUGUCAGAGAAUGCAAGAGGAAAAUAUAACAAGGGCUUUAAUUGUGGUUCAGCAGGGAAUGACCCCAUCUGCCAAACAGUCCCUGGUAGAUAUGGCUCCCAAAUACAUUCUGGAGCAGUUUUUACAACAGGAGCUUCUGAUUAAUAUCACAGAGCAUGAGCUGGUGCCAGAACAUGUGGUCAUGACAAAGGAUGAGGUGACAGAAUUGCUAGCUCGAUACAAACUGCGGGAGUCUCAGCUUCCCCGUAUUCAGGCUGGAGACCCUGUGGCAAGAUACUUUGGGUUAAAACGUGGUCAGGUGGUUAAAAUCAUUCGUCCUAGUGAGACAGCUGGCCGUUACAUAACUUAUCGCUUGGUUCAGUGAGGAGAACACACAUUGACGGAAGAGACUUUUCAUUUGCGGAUGCUCUUUUUAUCUUUAAGGUGAUGCCUGGAUUUUUUCUCCAGACUGUGGUUUGCAGCUGCCUUAUCAUAGUUACUUGCCUGCCCAUGGUUAUACAGCUAAUCAAACAUAGAGUAGUGUAGGCUCCUUGAUGCAAAAUAUAAUUUGGAGCUCUCGCAGCUCAUUAAAAUAAGGGGCUGGCAUUCUGUGAAGAAAAAUAACCUAGCUAUGCAUUAUAUUAAAUGCAGUUAUAGCCAGUGGUGGCUCUUCUUCCUAUAGAAGACUUUUUUUUUUACGAAACUGAGGAAUCAACCAUUAAUCAAAGCAAUUUGGAAACUGCAAUAACUUUAAAAUAGAACAAAUGACAGACCCCUUUCAACUGGUUGGUAGUAUUGAAAAAUACAGCAUAUUUGCGUUAUUCGGAUACAUUUAGUAUAGUAUAGGAUAAACAUUGUACCCGUAUAUUUUUCCUCCCUCUGUAUUAUCAUGGAAUGAAUAAAGCUGCACUGUUUUAUAUUAAAAAAA